GGAGGAGGAAAGAGGAGAAAGGAGGAGAGUAGACUCUUUUGCUCCUCUGAGGGAAUCCCGGAGGAGAGGUCUCCUACCCGCCCCCCACUCCUCCACCAUGACCUCGGAGGGGAAAAGGGAACCCGAUAACGAGGGCGGCAUCAAGUUAUCAGCAGAUGUCAAACCGUUUGUCCCAAAAUAUGCUGCGCUUAAUGUGGCAUGGUCAGAAUCCUCAGACGCAUGUGUCUUCCCUAACUACGCAACUACAUGCUAUCCAUUUGUUCAGGAACUACCUGUGACUGAACAGAAGCCUUAUGCCGAAGAUGUCUCUCUUGGAUCUUCUUCACCUUUUUCAUCUCAAUAUUCAUCUCCUGAUUUUGCUGUUGAUCAUCACUGCACUUCUUCUCACUCAUCUGUGUCUGCACAAACUGUUUGUUCAGUACCUGGCUCACAGUAUGAUUAUAAUCAACCUAAAUAUUAUAGUAAUGUGCCAAUAGUUAAGUCCAGAAAUGAACAAAUUUGUUCUCUCCCACAAGAAACUAAAAGCCUAUUUAAGAAAAGAACAUGUGAUGAGCAAAAAUUAAAUAAUAAAGGGCCUGAAGGAAAUUCAUCCUCUAAUAUAAAACCAGCUAAAAGUUCCCAUCAGAAUUCUGCCCAUACUGAAGGUGGUUCAAAAUCAGAGAUUUCUCAUAAACGUGCAGACAGGAAACCUAAAAGUAACCGAAAAAAUGAGUCUUCUUCCAAGCCUGAAUUUGAACUGAAGCUGUUGGAUUUCCCUAAACUACAAGGUUCUGAGAACAGUGAUAUGCCAGAAUUACAAAAGCAGCCCAAAUGGGGACCUUUGAACGCCACUGUUAAUGAUAUAUCCCUUUUAAGAGAAGUAGUGAAACCUACUCUAACGUUAUCUAAGGAAGCAUUAGUUGUGAAAGCUGAAACAUCUGAGCCUGAGAAUGACACCAAUUCCCCCUCAUCUACAAGAGAGCUAUCUUGGACACCAAUGGGUUAUGUUGUUCGGCCAACAACCACUGAAGCACCAGCCCUUAAAAAUGUUACUUCACUGACAAAUACAAAGAAAAAUUUAUCAGUAACCCCUAAGAAAAUUACUACAUCAUUCUCAUCACCUGAAGUUCUAACAACCAAUACUUACAACAAAGAAAAACAAAUAACUCAGAAUCUUAAAAAGAUAAAAACCAGCAGUAUGUGUGAAACUGACCAAGAAGAAAUGAAAAAGAACAAGAAAAAGAAAAGGAAGCCUAAAGCAAAUUUUGAAACUCUUAUGGUCCAGGAGCCACCAAAGAUCGAAGAUAUUGAAGAGUUUCCUAAUCUGGAAGUUGCUUCUGAAAGAAAAAACAGACUGGACUCUUCAAAAUAUUUAUCUAAAUAUCAACCAGAGGAUGCUGAAGAACUUGUUAACCAAACACUGACUUCUGACAGAAGAAGUGGAACACAGUCACCAAAAUUUCACUCUAAACAGCAACCAGAGACUACUUCCAAAAAGUUUGGGAAGAAGAGUCAAAUUCCAGUGAAGUUGGAUUUGGGAGGAAUGCUUGCUGCAUUGGAAAAAAAGCAGCAUUCACAGAAUUCAAAACAGUCUUCCAAACCUAUUGUAGUUUCUGUUGGUGCAGUACCAGUACUUUCCAAAGAAUUAGCAACAUCGGUGAAAAAUCACCGGUUAAAUCAAGUGAUGUCUCCUCAUAAUCCUUUGGAUUCUAGUUCUCCAUUAAUAAAGAAAGGCAAGCAAAGGGAAGUCCCAAAGGCCAAAAAACCCACAUCUUUGAAGAAGAUUAUUUUGAAAGAACGAGAAGAAAGAAAACAGAAACAUCUCUUAGAACAGCUUUCAGUUCCAGCAUUUUCUAAAAGCAUUGAGCAAGAUUUGACAAAUAAUGUUGAUAAUCAGUUACCUGCCAAGAUUGCCCAGCCAGAUUUUGAGCAGACGGAGGAAACGGAAGAAUCAGUCCCUGACUCUUCUGCUGUUGAUGUGGAAAACACACCAGAAAAACCUCUAGAUAGCCUUGUACUCCAAAAGGAUGGAGAAGUUUGUCCCAUUGUUACACAGCCACCUUUUCCAAAGAUCCAUAGUAGGAGAUUUAGAGAUUACUGUAGCCAAAUGCUUAGUAAAGAAGUCGAUGACUGUGUGAUGGAUCUCCUAAAAGAACUGGUUCGUUUUCAAGAUCGUAUGUAUCAGAAAGAUCCAGUAAAGGCCAAGACCAAACGCCGGCUUGUGAUGGGACUCAGAGAAGUGCUCAAACAUCUGAAACUCAAAAAACUAAAAUGUGUUAUUAUUUCUCCAAACUGUGAGAAGAGCAAAUCUAAAGGUGGAUUGGAUGAGACAUUGCAUACCAUUAUUGAUUAUGCCUGUGAACAGAAUGUUCCCUUUGUGUUUGCUCUCAAUCGAAAGGCUCUAGGGCGAAGUGUGAACAAAGUAGUACCAGUCAGUGUGGUGGGAAUUUUCAGCUAUGAUGGUGCACAGGAUCAAUUUCACAAAAUGAUAGCACUUACCAUGGAAGCCAGACAGGCAUAUAAGAUUAUGUUAUCAACUUUAAAAGAAGAGACUGAAGCACUAGAGACAGAGAAUCCUAUAUCGCCCUUGCUUACUCUUCAAAGUGAGAGCUGUUCCUCAGAACUUAGCAAAACAACUGGCACAACAAAAGAAGAACCAAAUUACAUUAAAAUAUGGAAGAAAAAUCUUGAAGAGUAUAAUCCGUAUGCACUGGAACUAGAGCAGGCUUCAACCACUGAAAUGCUGAACUUGAAUUUAUGAAAAAAAGAAUACUUUUUGGGGGGUGGGGAGGUAGGGAAAAAUGAUCAUUUUGUGUUCUCUCUCUCCCCUUUUCUCAAUUCUCUAUUGAUGUUUUUUAAUAUUUUGUAUGAAUAUUUAGUUUCAAAAUUUAA